GCCUGUUUUCCUUUUUGCCCCUUCCCGCUCGGUCUCAGUCUCAGCCAUGGCGGCGGCGGGAGCGUGUCCUGGGCUGCUGCUCCUCUUCCUUCUCUCGAUUUUGGGCUCCAGGGCGUCGGUCUGGCCCCAGCCGAGGUCUCUGAGUGUGUCUCCGCUGGGAGGCUGUCUCCUUAACUCGCGACGAUUCCGCUUCGGUUACAGCAAGGCCUCGGCGGUGGGUCCCGGCUGCUCCGUCCUGGACCAGGCCUUCCAACGAUACUGGAAGCUCCUCUUCCCCUUGGGACGCAGGGAGGCCGGCAAGCACAACUCUGACGUCCCCGUCUGCCCCGAUCUUCUCGUCUCCGUUACAGAGCCAGGUUGCGAUGGCUAUCCUUCGCUGGACUCCCAAGAGAAUUAUAAGCUGACAGUUUCAGAGAAGCAGAUGCUGCUGACAGCAGAUACUGUCUGGGGAGCCCUCCGAGGGUUAGAAACCUUCUCCCAGCUUCCACGGAGCGAUGAGUAUGGGACUUUCUAUGUAAACAAGACCGAUGUUGUGGACUUCCCCCGCUUUCCUCACCGAGGGGUUUUGCUGGACACGUCUCGCCAUUACCUGCCUUUGAAUGUCAUCCUGGAGACCCUGGAUGCCAUGGCCUACAACAAAUUCAAUGUGUUUCACUGGCAUAUAGUGGACGACCCCUCCUUUCCCUAUGAGAGCCUGGCGUUCCCGGAUCUCAGCAGGAAGGGGGCCUACGACCCUGCCACUCAUGUGUACACAACUAGUGAUGUCAAGACUGUUCUUGAGCAUGCCCGGUUGCGUGGCAUCAGGGUGAUCCCGGAAUUCGACACUCCUGGCCACACCCAAUCUUGGGGUCGAGGUAUUCCUGGCUUGCUGACUCCCUGCUAUGCAGGCCAGAAGCCCUCUGGAACCUAUGGGCCCGUCAACCCAAUCCUCAAUGCAACAUAUGACAUCAUGACCAAGUUUUUUGACGAAGUUAGCCUAGUGUUUCCGGACUUCUACAUACACCUGGGAGGAGACGAGGUUGACUUCACAUGCUGGAAGUCUAAUCCAGACAUCAAGAAAUUCAUGCAGGAAAUGGGGUUUGGCACAAACUUCACCAUGUUGGAGUCCUUCUACAUCCAAAGGCUGCUGGAUAUUGUCUCUUUCUACAGCAAGGGCUAUGUGGUAUGGCAGGAGGUCUUUGAUAACCAAGUGAAGGUGAAGCCUGAUACUGUUAUUCACGUGUGGAAGCAGAAUGACGGGACGUACCCGGACGAGACGGCUCGUGUCACCAAAGCCGGCUAUCGAGCCCUGCUCUCUGCUCCUUGGUAUCUUAACGUCAUCUCUUACGGCCAGGACUGGGUGAAGAUUUACGAGGUGGAGCCUCUCGCCUUUGAAGGCAGCCCAGAGCAGAAGAAACUGGUGAUCGGCGGGGAGGCCUGUAUGUGGGGCGAAUACGUGGAUGUGACCAACUUGACCCCAAGACUCUGGCCUAGAGCUGGAGCCGUAGCAGAGAGAUUAUGGAGCAACCAGACGGUCCGGAACGUGGAAGAUGCCUAUGCGAGACUGGCAGACUUCCGAUGCCUUCUGCUCAGACGUGGAAUCCGGGCCGAGCCACUUUUCACAGGAUACUGUGACCACGAAUUCAGCAUAGUUUGAUUUGUUGGAAAAUCUGUUCCUACCAAACGUAUGGGUUUUUUUUAAUCAAAAGUGUCUAUGCAAUAAGUACACAGUGGAUGCAGGAUGUUUUGUAUUUCUCUCAAACAAGCACUUUUUGAAAACGAGGAAUCAUUGGUUUGAUAGACCCAGAAAAAAAAAACAUAUCAAAUGACUUGGGUAAUGCUGCAAUUCCUUUGGUAGAAAAGUGUUGAAUAAUCAUUCUAGUGUAUCCUGUAUGCUGGGAGUGGGGGGGGGGGGGGGUGGACUCCCGUUUCCACAUCUGGAAGAUCAUUUGUUGUUUACUGCUGCUCUGUGCAUGAUUUAUGAACAAUACAUUUUAUGGGAGAGUAGGUGUUUCUUUUGGGCAACUGAAAUAACACUUCUGAAGAUCUGCUAUAUAUUUUAUGCAUUGGCAUAUCUUCGUUCCUAACAGUUCAAAGAGAUAACCAGGGAUUUCAGUCUAACAACUGAGAAACCUAAGUGGCCUUGUGUGAAUACUAGUGGAUAUUUACCACAAAGGAGAAGAUUGACUCAAGCGAGGGCAAUGGGCUGGGCAAUUCUUCUCAGGAAGAUCAUACUUAAUUCUUUAAGAUCAUACUUUAUACUUUAAUUCUUCUCAGGAAGAUCAUACUUUACAAAAGGUUAUACAUUUCCAAAGGUUAUGAUUAUUCCAAAUAGUUGAAGUUCUGUUGAACGCUGGUGCUUUUCAGCCCAUUGCCCAGCAUUGCAUCACUUUAUCUCCAGAUGCCUGGGUCUGAUUUACAAUGUUAUUGCUUGCCACUGAGACCCCAAAAUAGCUUAGGACUAGCCUGCCCAAAGGAAUAUCUGCUUUCCCAUACAUUUCAGCUCCAUUCCGGGUGUGUUUUCAUGUAUUCAAGUCAUCUGUUUACUUGUUUACCACAAUAAUUUCACAGGGUUUCCUUAUGCAAGGAAUACUCAGGUGCCUUUGCCAGUUCCUUCCUCUGAAAUACAGCCUCAGCGGCAGUUUCCCAUCCAAGUAUUUACAAGGGUAGACAUAAAAGAUCUCAUCUAGUGUAUUUGUCUUCCUACCUGAUUAUUGUGGUGACUUCCAUAUGGAUGUUCCAGGUUUUAAUUCUGGGGAGGAGUUCUCCAAGGUGAUGAAUCUUAUCCUCAAAAGAGGUUUGGGGUCUUGGAUUGCUUUGUGUUGCUCUCGAAAGCCCAGAUCAGAUUCUCUGCUACAAGAGCAACUUUGAGGAGCUUUGUCCAAUGCCGUAUUGACCUCCGAUCUACAAAAAUCCCUUUCAAAAGAGCUUCAUUGGUAGCCCUUUAGAUGCCAGGCUAAGUGGUCAUUUCAGCUCUUGAUGUACAUUUUAUAGAAUCAUGGAAUCAUCUCUACCUUUGUUUCUCUUGAUUGUUUUGACUUCUGGAUAUUAAUAUUCAAACAUUGUGAUGAAACUUUGGCCAAGAUUUGUUUUUCUUAUUCAACCUGUUGUUUCAAUUGUUUCAUCUCAUAUAUAUACAGUAGAGUCUCACUUAUCCAACAUAAACGGGCUGGCAGAACGUUGCAUAAGCGAAAAUGUUGGAUAAUAAGGAGGGAUUAAGGAAAAGCCUAUUAAACGUGAAAUUUCGUUAUGAUUUUACAAAUUAAGCACAAAAAUAUGUUUUACAACAGAAAAAGCAGUCCAAUAGAUAAUAAUGUUAUGUAAUAAUUACUGUAUUUACGAAUUUAGCACCAAAACUUAGCAAUGUUUUGAAAAUUUGACUACAAAAACAUUGACUACUAAAAGGCAAACUGCGUUGGAUAAUACAGAAUGUUAGAUAAGUGAGACUCUACUGUAUACACACACACACACAUAUACAGUAGAGUCUCACUUAUCCAAGCUUCACUUAUCCAAGCCUCUGGAUUAUCCAAGCUAUUUUUGUAGUCAAUGUUUUCAAUAUAUUGUGAUAUUUUGGUGCUAUAUUCGUAAAUACAGUAAUUACAACAUAACAUUACUGCGUAUUGAACUACUUUUUCAGUCAAAUUUGUUGUAUAACAUGAUGUUUUGGUGCUUAAUUUGUAAAACCAUAACCUAAUUUGAUGUUUAAUAGGCUUUUCCUUAAUCCCUCCUUAUUAUGCAAGAUAUUCGCUUAUCCAAGCUUCUGCCAGCCCGUUUAGCUUGGAUAAGUGAGACUCUACUGUAUAUACAUACACACACACAGAGUAGAGUCCCACUUACCCAACACAAACGGGCCAGCAGAAUGUUGGAUAACUGAAAAUGUUGAUAAUAAGGAGAAAUUAAGGAAAGCCUAUUAAACAUCAAAUUAUGUUAUGAUUUUAAAAAUUAAGCACCAAAACAUGUUUUACAACAAAUUGACAGAAAAAACACAUGACAAUAUUAUGUAGUAAUUGCUGUGUUUACGAAUUUAGCACCAAAACAUCACAAUGUAUUGAAAACAUUGACUACAAAAACAUUGACUACUAAAAGGCAGACUGUGUUGGAUAAUACAGAAUGUUGGAUGAGCGAAGGUUGAAUAAGCGAGAAUCUAUGGUGUGUGUGUGUGUAUAUAUAUAUAUACAGUAGAGUCACUUAUCCAAGCUAAACGGGCCAGCAGAACCUUGGAUAAGCGAAUAUCUUGGAUAAUAAGUAGGGAUCAAGGAAAAGCCUAUUAAACAUCAAAUUAGGUUAUGAUUUUAUAAAUUAAACACCAAAACAUCAUGUUAUACAACAAAUUUGACAGAAAAAGUAGUUCAAUACGCAGUAAUGCUAUGUAGUAAUUACUGUAUUUACGAAUUUAGCACCAAAAUAUCAUGAUAUAUUGAAAACAUUUGACUACAAAAUGCAUUGGAUAAUCCAGAACCUUGGAUAAGUGAGACUCUACUGUAUAUAUUUGUAAUCCUCCCCUUGGGCAUUGCCAGUUGGGCCGUUCUGAAAACAUUUCAAAUACAUAAACCUACUCCUUUCCUCUUGUCCAAUGGCAAAGAAUAUUACGUCUCCUCGGGAAGAGACAUAUUGUACUGGGCCUUCGAUAUGUUCCAUGUAUCUGUCUGGAUCUACAGCUGUAUAAAUCAUGUGGAUAAUAAUAAAUGUUAGAUUGAGAUUGAGAGAUUGCUUUAAUAAAACAGGACACUUUUUUUUUUGAA